AAGGACUGGAACCAAGUUGUUACCCAGAAUUCAGCGGUCACAUUUUGCUUAGGAGUUUCUUUUCUGUGUCGUUUUGCGAAAACUCGCAAAUAAGUUUUUCUGAUUUAAUACAUUUAUUCAAGGAUUUGUCAAAAUAUGUAUGAUUCUUUACCUACAUCGUUUGGAGGAAACAGAAGAUAUGAUAAUCGUGAUAGCAGAAGAGGAGGUGGUGGUGGUCGAGGUGGCGGAGGAGAUCAUGGCGUUGGGGCACAAAGUGGUUUUAACAAAGAAUAUACUGUGCCUGGUUCAAGUCUCCGAAAGCCUCGAUGGGAUUUAAAUUCAUUACCAAGAUUUGAAAAAAACUUUUACAGAGAACAUCCAGCUGUUCAAAGUCGUUCUCUGGAAGAAGUUGAUAUGUUUCGAAAAACUAGAGAGAUUUCUGUAGUUGGAAGAAAUAUACCAAAGCCUUGCCAAAGUUUUGAUGAGCUUUGUAUUCCAGAUUAUGUAGGCGAUGCUCUUCGUAAAUUCAAUUUCAAAGAGCCAACUGCUAUUCAAUCUCAAGGGUUUUCGGUUGCUCUUUCUGGAAGAAAUAUGGUUGGUAUUGCGCAAACUGGUAGUGGAAAAACGAUAUCUUUUGUUCUUCCUGCUGUAAUACAUAUUAAUAACCAACCUCCAUUAAACCAAGGCGAUGGUCCUAUUUGUUUAGUUCUUUGCCCUACUCGAGAGUUGGCCAUACAAGUCCAGAGCGUUGCCGGACAAUUUGGAUUAACUACUAGAGUAAGAAGUACAUGUAUUUAUGGAGGAGCAUCAAAAGGACCUCAGAUAAGAGAUUUAGAAAGAGGUUCAGAAAUUGUUGUUGCAACUCCUGGAAGAUUAAUUGACUUAAUUGAAAUAAGAAAAAUUAGUUUAAAACGAGUGACAUAUUUAGUAUUAGAUGAAGCUGAUAGAAUGUUAGAUAUGGGUUUUGAGCCACAAAUACGAAAAAUUAUAGAUCAAAUACGUCCUGAUCGUCAGGUGCUUAUGUGGUCAGCUACGUGGCCAAAAGAAGUUCGAAAACUUGCAGAAGAUUUUUUAACUGACUAUAUACAAAUAAAUAUUGGUUCUUCAGACAUUCAUGCUAAUCAUAAUAUAUUACAAAUUGUUGAUGUAUGUGAAGAAUAUGAAAAGGAUAGAAAACUUGUUAAAUUACUUGAAGAAAUAAUGGGAGAAAAAGAAAAUAAAACAAUUAUAUUUUGUGAGACAAAACGCAAAACAGACGACAUAACGCGAAGAUUAAGAAAAGAUGGAUGGCCUGCAAUGUGUAUACAUGGAGAUAAAUCUCAACCCGAGCGAGAAUGGGUUUUAAAAGAAUUUCGUAGUGGUAAAGCUCCAAUUCUAAUUGCUACUGAUGUAGCCUCAAGAGGAUUGGAUAUACCGGACAUCAACUUUGUUGUCAACUAUGAUUACCCUAAUAGUGGUGAAGAUUAUAUCCAUCGAAUUGGCAGAACUGCACGUGCUGGAAACACGGGUACAGCAUAUACUUUUUUUACUAGUGCAAACGGAAAAUAUGCAGCUGAACUCUUAAAAGUCAUGGAGGAAGCAAAUCAAACAAUUCCACCUAAGUUAGCAGAGCUUGGAGGUCGUCUAUAUAAUGGACGCAAAAGAAUGCGUUACAGUUCUGAAAGUGAUGACAAGGGUCCUGGGCUGAAACGUCCUCCUGUAAAUAAUGGCGGUUACAAUAAUACUAAUGGUGGUCCUCGAAAUAGUGCUCCGCCACCGCCAAGAGGACGCCCUCCUGUUCAUAUGGCAUCAAGAGGUGGUCACAAUGCAUCGUAUUCUGGUGGUCGAGGAGGAAGUGAUAGUUACAAUAGAAAUCAAGGUAGUGGAGGCGAGUAUAUUAAUGGGGGAGGUAAUCAGCAAAAUGGGUGGUCUAGUAAUGGUGCCAAUCAAGGAAAUUGGAAUCAUAAUCAGCCACACAGAGAAAACCACCAAGCAAAUUGGGCCGGCAAUCACCAACCGCCGCAGCAACCUCCGUCACAGCAAACUGCAUGGAAUCAACAACAGCCACCUCAACAACAACAACCGCCGCAACAAACUUCGCAACAACAAUGGGCCCAAUAUCAGCAACAAAUGCAGGAAUGGCAGCAAAAAAAUCAACAAUGGCAGCAGUGGCAACAGUCUCAAGGAUCUACUUCGAACUAACUUUUAAAAUAUCCACUCGACGUUGCGAAUCUUAUUUAAGUAAAAAGUCGCUUUUCGGAUCUGUAACUUAUAAAUUAUUACUGAUAUAUAAUUUAAUAAA